UUAUCUGUGUGGCCUCCUAUAUAUAUUCCCUCCAAAGUUACUACAACCCCUUGUAAAAUCACUCCCUCCCUUCCCCUACUCUCUCUCUCUCUUCUCUCUCACUCACUAUCUAGUAUCAUCAGUGUUUCCCUCUCUCUAGGGUCAUCAGCCGUAUGAGAAGAAAAGCACACUGACUGAGCGCAGCCAACAACAGCUGCACACGAGAACAUGCUCCAAUAAUCCCUUCCCCAAUCCCCCAGUUCGUUAUCUAACGGUUUUCCCCUUCUUCCCAUUUUGCCCUUUCCCUCUUCUCCAAUUCACAUCCAAAUGCCACCAAACCUCCACCACCACCGCCACCACCAGAUCUGAACCCAAACUCUUAAUUACUAAGCCAGGCCAAGAGCCUUUGCCCUUUUCUCUUCCCUUCUCUUCUCUAUCACAAACACAAGUUGAUAACUAGCCAAUUAAAAAUGAUAUCGUGGCACGACCUUUACAACGUCUUAACGGCGGUGGUGCCGCUGUACGUUGCCAUGAUCUUAGCCUACGGCUCCGUCAGGUGGUGGAAGAUCUUCUCCCCCGACCAGUGCUCCGGCAUCAACCGUUUCGUCGCCAUCUUUGCCGUUCCUUUACUCUCCUUCCACUUCAUCUCCACCAACGACCCCUACACCAUGAACUUCCGCUUCAUCGCCGCCGACACCCUCCAGAAAAUCAUCAUGCUCUUCGCCUUGGGCCUCUGGACCAACUUCACCCGCAACGGUAGCCUCGAGUGGAUGAUCACCAUUUUCUCCCUCUCCACCCUCCCCAACACUCUCGUCAUGGGAAUUCCCCUCCUAAUCGCCAUGUACGGCCACAAAAUCCCCGAAUCCGGCAGCCUCAUGGUGCAAGUGGUCGUCCUGCAGUGCAUCAUUUGGUACACUCUCCUCCUCUUCCUCUUCGAGUACCGCGGCGCCAAGCUCCUCAUCAUGGAGCAGUUCCCCGAAACCGCCGCCUCCAUCGUCUCCUUCAAAGUCGACUCCGACGUCGUUUCGCUCGACGGCCGCGAUUUCCUGGAGACCGACGCCGAGAUUGGAGACGACGGUAAGCUCCACGUCAAGGUCCGCAAGUCCAACGCCUCCCGGCGGUCGCUCUCCGCAAUGACGCCUCGACCAUCUAACCUUACCGGUGCAGAGAUUUACAGCUUGAGCUCGUCCCGGAACCCGACGCCGAGGGGCUCGAAUUUCAACCCCUCCGAUUUUUACUCCAUGAUGGGAGUUCAAGGCUUCAACACGAGGCCCUCCAAUUUCGGACCCGCCGACUUGUAUUCGGUCCAGUCCUCCCGAGGUCCGACUCCGAGACCGUCAAAUUUCGAAGAGACUCCAAUGCCGCAGGCGCAGCCGGUUACGUCUCCGCGGUUCGGGUUUUACCCGGCGCGGACGGUACCGUCUUCAUACCCGGCUCCGAAUCCCGAGUUCUCGGCCCCUGUCAGUAAAAGCAGUACCAAAAACCAACAGCAGCAGCAGCAGCCGCAACCGCAAGGGGCAGCGCAACAGGCUUUGAAUAAUGGUUCUACUAAAACGAAUAGUCAUCCACAUGAUGCUAAAGAGCUCCACAUGUUUGUUUGGAGCUCCAGUGCCUCCCCUGUUUCGGAAGGCGGUGGGCUCCAUGUAUUUGGCGGUACUGAUUUUGGCGCGUCGGAGCAAUCUGGACGGUCCGAUCAGGGCGCUAAGGAGAUAAGGAUGUUGGUUGCUGAUCACCCUCAAAAUGGAGAAAACAAAGUGGCUGUUAGUGAGAGUGGUGGUGGUGAGGUGUAUGGCGGGAGGGGUGGUGGUGCAGAGGGAGAGGAAGAGAGGGAAAAAGAAGGAGCCACUGGGCUGAACAAGCUGGGUUCGAGCUCAACAGCUGAGCUACACCCAAAGGGCGGUGGAGGUCUUGAGCACGAUCCGUCCGGUAGCGGAAAACAAAUGCCUCCUGCGAGCGUUAUGACCCGUCUGAUCUUGAUAAUGGUGUGGCGCAAGCUUAUCCGCAAUCCGAACACGUAUUCUAGUCUGAUUGGUCUCAUCUGGUCUCUGAUCGCUUUCCGGUGGCAUGUGGCGAUGCCGAAAAUAAUAGCAAAGUCAAUCUCCAUACUGUCCGAUGCUGGGCUAGGAAUGGCUAUGUUCAGCUUAGGUCUGUUCAUGGCACUUCAACCCAAGAUAAUUGCAUGUGGGAACUCUGUCGCCGGAUUUGCAAUGGCUGUGAGGUUCCUGACUGGCCCAGCCGUCAUGGCUGCUGCCUCCAUUGCUGUUGGCCUGCGCGGUACCCUCCUCCAUUUAGCUAUUGUCCAGGCUGCCCUUCCUCAAGGAAUUGUUCCAUUUGUGUUUGCCAAGGAGUACAAUGUCCAUCCAGCCAUUCUCAGCACUGCGGUUAUAUUUGGAAUGUUGAUAGCGUUACCAAUUACUCUUGUCUACUACAUUAUUCUCGGACUGUAAAUGUUGUUGUCAUAGAUGCAUAAACACAAGAGAGUUGUAUGUUGUGGCGCAAUUCGUGUCACACUUUAAAUUGUGAUUUUGGAGUAUGCACCUACAAGCUUGAUGAGGGAUUUUCCGGCAGAUGAGAAAGAAGCUAGCAGGACGAGGAAUUCCGCAAGGUUGAAGGUUUUUAUUCCAAAUUUUUGGGAGCAAAAGUAAUAGAUUUUUGACUUUUUGUAAUUAAAGAAGGGGAAGCCCUGUUAUAAGGAUCGUGCUCCCAUUAGAGGCCAAAGUUUAUCUAAAUUUAUGAAAGCUUGUUGGAAGGGAGCAACGCAAUGCAAGUCUGUGUAGCCUUGAGAGGAAAAGAAGGAAAAGCAGAUAUCCCUUAAAUCAAUCAUAUCUAAUUCUCUUCAUUUCGUCACUCAAGUCAGGUCAGGCCUCUGAUUUCAAGCGAAUUCGUCCUUUACUGUAUAAAAGAAGUGACGAUUGAAAUCGGUGCAUGAAUAUAUGGAAGACAAAAGAAUAGGUGACAAAAAAUAUUAAAGAUGGCAUUUUAUCUUUAUAUAAUUUAUCAUUUUC